GUCUAACAAGAAGCCUAAGUAUAACUUCAGGUGAAACGUUGUUUGAAACAGAACAAGGAGAGAAAGUUACAUUGCCGUGUACUUUUGAACUCUCUGAAAAAGAUGAAGGCCCACUGGAUAUUGAGUGGGUAUUGAUACCAGCAGAUAAUCAGAAGAAGGAACAAAUACUAAUUAUGUAUGCUGUAGACAGGAUUUAUAAUAAUUACUAUGCUGCUAUGACUGGACGGAUGCAGUUUACUAAUCCUGAUCCCAAAUCUGGUGAUGCUUCGUUGGAUAUCCUGAAUUUAAAGUCAGAAGAUACUGGCACGUACCAGUGCAAAGUGAAGAAGGCUCCUGGAGUUCAAAGCAAAAAAAUACAGUUGAUUGUACUUGUAAGACCAGCAAGAACUAAAUGUUCCAUUGAAGGAUCACAAGAGAUUGGAAAAGAUGUUACCUUGAAAUGCGCAUCACAAGAAGGAUCCCCACUUUUGUCUUAUGACUGGAGGAGAGUAUCUGGCACACAGGAACUUCCUGCAACUUCUAUGCUGAGUACUCCUGUGUUGAUACUGAGGAUUGCCCUGACCCAGGUGCAGGACCUUGCGCUUGGCCUUACAGAACCUCAUGAGGUUCACGUGGGCCCACUUGAGAAGCUUGUCCAGAUCCCUCUGGAUGCAAUCCUGGCCCUUGUGUGCGUCGACUGCAUCGCUCAGCUUGGUGUCCUCUGCAAAUUUGCUGAGGGUGCACUUGAUCCCAUUGCAUCAUUGAUCUCGAAGAUACUAAACAGCACUGGACUUUUGAGAGACACCACUUUUUACCAGUCUCCAUGCUUGUGGCAACUGAUGACAUGA